AUGGAUGAUUUGAUCAAAAUUCAAACGCUGCUUCAAAUUGAGAAAAGGAUAUGGAUGUUCUUGGUGGGUUUGGUGGCUUUAACCCAUUUAUUCUGCCAGUCUUUAAUGCUUCCUUAUGGCAAUUCCCUUAUGUCGCUAUUGCCCAGUGGGGAGAAGGCCAGCAAAUCAUCCAAUGAAUCUUCUUUCAAGACUGUGAUGCCUAAAAAUGCUCUAAACAUUGGUAUCUUGAAUUCAAAUAAUGCAUCUCUAUUAGUAAGUGGAGUGAAAAAUGCAAAGAGUUACCUCUUGGCUACAGAUGCAGUGGAUAAUGGAGGAUGA